AUGUUCUUAUUAAUACACAUACUUUUCUCAUUCAUCAACACCCAUAUGACACUUCUAGGACCAUUCAUAAGAAUGGGUCAUCUCAAAAAGCCCACUCAGGAUUCCAAUUUCAGCUCUCGUGACAGCAGUCCCAUUCCAGAGGACUCGAUUCUAACAGCUAUACGAGCUGCUUUAAGCCGGUGGCACGAACACUGGGUUUUACUUACGAACCGGGUCUCGUCCGAGGAGUGGGCUUCAAUGGGCUUCUACAAAAACGGAUACAACUUUUGGCUGGUAUCACAAAUGCUGAUCACUAAAAAGGAUGCCGUGGACGUUGUUAUGCGAAUGGAAGUCAACUGUGAGGAUAAGCUAGAGAAGCUGAAGGUCUUGCUGCGCGAUGAUCAAGACGAAGCAUAG